AUGUCCGAGGGGGAGAGCAAGGAAAGCUCGGGCGGCGAGUGCCCCGUGUGCUACGACAAGUUCCGCGAUCUGGAGGGCGCCGGCCGGACGCUGAGCUGUGGCCACAUGUUCUGCCAUGACUGCCUGGUCAAGUACCUCCUCUCCACGCGCGUGGACGGGCAGGUCCAGAGGACCGUCGUCUGCCCCGUCUGCCGCUACGUCACCUUCCUCGGCAAGAAGAGCUCCUGCUGGCCCGCCAAGCUUGACAAGAGCUCUCAGACCCUGGCCGUGCCCAUAGGCCUGCCGCCCGUGCCACCGCCGGACACCCUAGGCCACGCCAACCCCCUGGCCCUCUCCCAGCCUUUCUGGAGGCCGUCCCCGAAUCAGGGCGGCCAGCUGCCCUUGGACCUGCCGCCCGGCCUGCCCCGGGAGCCGCAGAUCUUCAUCAUCAGCCGCUACGGGAUGCCCCUGGGGGAGCAGGAGAGCAGCCUGGCCGAGCUCUCGGAGGUCCCCCCGGUGCCCAGCUCCACCUGGACGUUCUGCAGCCGCUCCCGGGCCCUCCUGCCCAUCACCCUCAUUGCCGUGGUGGCCGUGGUGGCCGUGGUGGCCGUGGCGGCUGCCAUCCUGCCCUGGGUGCUGCUGGUGAGGAAGCACGUGUGA